CCAUUUUUCAUUUGGUGUAAAUAUAAUUCCAUUCCACUACUUUAGCAUAUCAACAAAUUAUCUCUCUUCUACUCCAGCCAUGGGCCAAACUCAACAAACCCUAACCCUAGCAAAUUGAAGAUUAAUCUGCUGCCAUUAUUGUGACUGUCUUCUUGGAUCAUCUUUGCAACUGCUGAGUGCUGGGUUCCUUGAUUGGUGGUAGCGUUGCCAGAGAGUCAUAAGGAAGCAGCCCCAUUCAAGAUUAAGUCAUUCCCUUGGUAUGACAACUUGUGUGCAGUUUUUGGCAAAGAUCGUGCAACUGAAAAACAUGCAGAGAUUGUAACAGAUGUUUUUGAAGAACUUGAAUCUGAAAAGGAAAACACUACACUUGGAGAAGAUGAUUUCAGCAAUGCUAAUAAUGUGGAUGAAGUGGAAUCUAUGUCUGUUUCAGAUGCAACAAGAGGUGCUCAAUCUCACACUCAAUUAGAUGGGUCUUCAAAGAAGAAAAGGAAAGCUGCAAAUCAUGAAGAACUUUCAAAUGCACUUACACAACCAGCUUGUAUUCUCGCAGAGGUAAUUGAAAAAGCUUCAAUUCGUUUUAGUAAAGCUAUUGGUGAAGACUUGAAUGAAAAGCAUAUGCAGCUCGAGAAAGAGUUAGAAAGGACCACUACAGUUACUACAGCUCAACGUCAUAAGGUAGCUCGCAUGAUUAUGCAAGAUAAUGCUCUGGUUUCUUACUUUUUCAGUGUCCCAGAUGAUGAGAAGGAUGAAUGGGCGAGACUUCUGAUUGAUGGCUCUCUUUAGUACACAGCUCGGGAAAGAGUUAGAAAGAUCAUGUUUAUUCACUUUGAUUAACAUGAUCUAAAAUAAUUUGCAGGACAAUGUACAUUGCCUUUGACAUUCAGUAGUAUACAAAUUAUAAUCUUUUCGAUCUGGUGUAAUGUGUUAUGCUCAUAAUUUUGCAAACAAUUGUUUUGAGCAUAAAUAUGGGUAUUGGACAUGAAUACUUAUACUUUUUGUAGUGAUAUUUUAUGUAUGGACAAUUUUUGAUCUUAUUAAUUAAAAAAUUGUAAUGUGA